AUGUUGGGACAUUGGCUUGUCCGGCUCCAUGGCAUCCUUGCAGCUGCUAUGCUGGUCAAUGCCAUUCCAAGCAUCUCCAGGCCACAAUCAGCUGAACGUCGCGAUGCUGGGGGCCAGGAAAUUUGUGUCUCCAUUUCACCGAUCCUGCACGACGCAACCGACUUCGAAGCAAAAGUCCACCCACCCAACGGUGUCUGCGAGGCCAACCAAAUCCUCCAGUCCGCAUCUGCCUCAACCAACACUCUCAUCAGUCUGGACAUAGCAGCUGAGACAAGCGACGACCCCUACUCUUGUAAUAAGAAUAAGCCAUGCGGAAACGGGGCCUGCUGUUCCAAGUCUGGAUACUGCGGAUUUGGACCGAAAUACUGUGGUAAAAGUGGAAAGUCCCCAAAUGAUGUUUGCUGGAGCAACUGCGAUGCCCACGCAGAGUGCGGCGUAUACGCUAAGAAAAAGGGCGAGGAGUGCCCACUCAACGUCUGCUGCAGUCAGUAUGGAUUCUGCGGUAUGACGUCCGAAUUUUGUGACAAGGGCGAGGAUGAUGGUGAUGAUGAUGAUGACGAACCAACCGGUUGUCAAAGCAAUUGCGAUCAACCGGGUUCAGGGGCAUCUGGUAGUGAGGUUCGAGACCGCAUUAUUGGGUACUAUGAAGUGUGGAAUCACAAGAAGAGGUGCAUCAACAUGGACAUUGACGACGUGCCCGUGGAGAGCCUCACGCACCUAUAUUACUCCUUUGGAUAUAUUGAACCAGACACGUUCAAGAUCGUCCCUAUGGAUGAUGGUCCCGACGGUGACUCUGACCCUGUUGAGAAGUUCACUUUUGCAGCUGUCGCCGGCCUGAAAAAGAGAAACCCUGACCUGAAAGUUGUUCUGGCACUUGGAGGGUGGACCUUCAAUGAUAACCAUACUGUAUGGCAGCCUGUGUUUAGCGAUAUGGUCUCUUCGUGGCAGAAACGAGAAAAGUUUAUUGCGCAGCUGGACCAUUUCACGUCUGCGUACGGAUUCGACGGUGUCGACUUUGACUGGGAAUAUCCAGGUGCCGGCGACAGAGGUGGUCACAAAGAGGACGGCGAGAACUUUACCAAAUUGCUUGAGAGGUUAUCCGGGUUCUACCAUGCGGACGACUUUGAGAUCUCCUUUACAGCACCAACCAGCUACUGGUAUCUCCGCCACUUCGACCUGAAAGCAAGCUCCAAGGCCGUUACAUAUGUGAACCUAAUGUCCUACGACCUGCACGGGAUAUGGGACUCGGAAAACCCCAUCGGAUCCCAGGUCCUCGCACAUACGAACCUCACAGAAAUUGACAGGGCGUUAGACCUUCUCUGGCGCAAUGAUGUUGAUCCUUCAAAAGUCAACAUGGGUAUAGGAUUCUACGGACGCUCAUACCAACUCGCUGACCCAGCUUGCUCCAAGCCCGGAUGUGUAUUCAAAGGCGGCGGCAGCGCUGGCCCGUGUACAGGGCAAUCUGGUAUCCUAUCAUAUGCAGAGAUUAUGGAUAUUCUACAUGAGAAUAACCUUACCCCUGUACAUGACGAACUGAAUGCCGUGAAGUAUGUCACAUUCAAUCAGGACCAGUGGGUGUCAUUCGACGACAAGGAUACCAUACAAGACAAGAUAAAGUUUGCUAACAGCAAAGGCCUUGGUGGCCUGUUGAUCUGGGCCGUGGACCUCGACACGCCGCAGCUGAAUGCACUGGCAGGUGUGGUAUAUCCUAAAAAGCUUGGGUUCCGUGGCAAGAAGGCCAAAAGCGCAGAUAACUGGGAAGAGCUCUCUGAGGGCGAGUGCUAUGCAAGCGAGUGCAGCAGCAAACCCACCUGCCGCGAGGGAUAUAUCAAGGCUGAUACAUUCUGGUGUGGUGACAACGACUGGCCCUUGAACCGUCCUGACGGCGAACAAGCCAUAUGCUGUCCAGUUUCAUCGGUCCCUGAUGUCAGUAAAUGUACAUGGCACGGUGGGGACAAUGGCGGAGAAUUUUGCAAUGGCCAGUGCCAUGAUGGCGAGGUUGCUGUUGUCUCCUCUAAAUGGGGCAAUCAUGGGAGUUGGUGCAUUGACGGGCGCAAAUUCUUCUGUUGCCCCACAGAGGUUCAGCAGCCCGAUUGUCGCUGGACUGGAUGUGACGAGCAAUGCAAGGAUAACGAGGACGAGUUGACCUGGCGGGACAGCGCGUGUAAGGAGAGGCUCUGCUGCAACAGCGCACAGAAGUGGGAGAAUUGCGCCUGGCAUGGUAAACCGGGCAGCUGCUUCGACAACCACUGUGAUACUGGAUGGCAGGUUGCUGUCACAAACUCAUAUGACGGUGAGGGGGACAACUGUGGUAUUAAUGCCCGCAAGCGGACUUUUUGCUGUGACCUCCCUGAUGAUGUUUCUCCAUUCCUGCCCGUUCCUUUGGACUAUCUGUUUCCAAACGCACCGGAUGAGAAUGAAGUCAACUCCGACUUCGUACUCAAGGUAGACCCCACGUGGGGUGGCGCAGAACCAGAAGAGUCCAUGCUUCUUGACAAAGAGCCAGAUGAAGCGCCGUUCGGAUUUGUGGUUAUGACCAGUCCGGCUGAGAUCCAACAGUCACUUGACAAAAGAGACGGCUCCCACUGGGAGGUAUUUGACUGUCUUGACCCCAGUACAAUUGGUGAGCACAAGGUGCGAAUGGUAUGUACAGAUCAUUCGGAACAGUCGAAUUGCGGCAACAUUCACUGGGGACAUGGUGCUCCCGGGACAAUUAUCCAGAUGCCUCGAGGUUGCGGACCAGGAAAGUAUGCCGUGAUCAAGGACGUUACACCCAGUGCCAACCAGUCGCUGCCUGGUCACCUGGUACGCCGUGGCCUUCUUGACACUGUCUAUGAUUUAACAUUCGAUUAUGACUUCAAGCGAGUGCCUCGUGACCUGGGAGAUACGAACCUGCGGAUCGACUACAGCAAUGACGUGGACUAUUGGAAUAACAUUGUCGACAAAGCAGCAGACACCACGAAACGACGCAAGCGAAGUUUGCACGAGGUCAAUGGGAAUCACCGUCGUUGGUUGGAGGAAGAAUGGCGCGACGACGCUCACUUCGGCGGUGUAUCUAGCGAUGACCUCCAUAAGCGUUGGUUCGGCAGUAGUAUCAUCGACUGGUUGAGGAAUAUCAUCGGCACGAUUGAGAAAACAGUUGAGUUUGGUCACUCUUUCACGGAAGACUAUAUCUUGAAGAUAGUCGACCAGCAGCUUUCCUGCCCCAGCGUGGAGGCCUACCUCGAUGUGCAUGCAGAGACACAUGUUGAGGCACAUGUAAGCUACGGCUUUACGGUGAUUGCAAAGUUGGAUCACCGUCCCAUCGACCUCAGCGACUCCUUCUUAUACUUCCGGACAAAAGGAGAGGUAACUGCAUCAUUUGUCAUUGAUGGUGCUGCAACCUACCAUUUCGAUACAGGGAACAAACGCCUGUUCUCAGCUGACAAAUUUGGGGCUGCUUUUACCGUUCCAGGCAUCGUCACUGUUGGCCCUAACUUCGAAGUUAAUGGUCAGAUCGAAGGCGCGGCUACCUUAGGCGUCAACCUAGAAAGCAGAGUCAAACUUGCUGGCUGGGACAUCGAACAGACCUAUCCCAUUCCAGAUGGCGAUGCGCAGGACUACACCCCUCAGCUUGAGGAAUCGCCCAAGAAAAGUGGGUUCCAGAAUCCCCAGGUGCCAGAGGUCGAAUGGUCUGUGGGGGUUAACGGGUAUGUGACAGCCCAUAUCAAGCCGUCGAUUAGCUUCGGAAUUAUGUGGGAUGAUCUCUUCUUUGACAUUGACGACUGUGCUGUCCGGCUGACUGCCGACGGCCAUAUCACUUUCCAUGCAUCCGCUGGAACAGGAAGCUCUGGGACAAGCGUGUGCUAUGGGAUUGAUGCGGGAGCGGACCUGUACGCUACAGUCGACGCACCAAAGGCCAUCGACUGGGCCCUCCCAAGAACACCCUACUACCUUCUGCCCAGCAACGACGUCGAGCUGUACUCGAAAUGCUGGUCCCCUGACACCAAGCGCAGUCAGAUCUCCGUUCUCGACUUAUCAACAAACUCUUCCACCAACGGUCUCACCGUCCCUCUCCAACGCCGGAACUAUCUCGACAUUGAUGCCAAGGGCACGGCGCAUGGAAAGCACUUCCUAGAAAAGCGUGCACAGGUGUGGGGACCUCUACUUCCUGAUAUUCCCAUUGGCUGUCCGAAUGGCGAGGAUGAAGAAAUUGGAGACUGCCCUGCGUGCGGAUCUGGAGAUUAUGACACGGACAGUUUAACGAAGCGAGAUGAGGUUUGCGAAUAUGACCCCGACCCAGAAGAAACAGAUGUUUGUCGACCGAGCGACGACCUGUCUGCCAGUGAUCUGGAAAAGCGUAAAAGUAGUACAAAGGAACUACAAUGGACGUACAAGGGGGAUAGUGAAACAGUGUUCGCUGUUUCAUACCCAUCCUGCGGUACAGCAGUCAAAAAGCCGGAGGUUAAGAGAUGGUAUGGCUUCGCGCCCAGGAAGUGCAGUCCUCGAGUCAAAGUCCUCAGCCAGGAUGAAUACAGUAUGUCAAUUGACGAUUAUGUCACCGAACACGUGUACGAGGCUCAGACCGUCAAGUAUUUUCUUGAAUUCCUCAUCGAUGGCCCACUACCCGCCGGCUACAGCAAAGCCGGCAGGGACUGGGUGUCUGAAGUUCUUAUAGGGCUGGCGCCAAACACCAGGGCGCCGUUCGUCCCCCAAGGCAAAGGCUGGGGCAAGACAAAGCAUCUUUGGGAACGUAUGUUCCAGAGCAUAGGCAGCGACUCGAAACUAGACGGACUUGUCUUAGCAGAAGAAGAGAUGAACAGCAGGAAGAACCACCUUUUCCAGAGAAAUCAAUUGUCGGGUCGCAACCUGGGCUCGGAGGAGUUAACGCAAAACAGGCAUCGCGCUACUGCGGGUGUCUUCUGGUACAUGAAGGACCCCACGGUGUGGGCAAUCUUUGUCGACGCCUCAAAGGGCAUCGAAAAGGCGCUCGCGGACUUCGACUCCACGUACAAAUGGAAAAGCGAACCGGAUGAGCUCGGUAGAAAUGGUGGCACUGGGGGUCUCCGCGAGCUAUACUGCUACUGGAUUGACAUUUACCUCAAGGACAUUGAGACCCGUACUGAAGCAUGGAGGGCCCAAGCCAGAGCAAGUUAUCUUGCUAAGUAUGGAAAUAGGGGCUGGGUCAGGCAGUUCGAUGCGGGCGAUAUGCGGACGGGGAGUAUUAAGUUUCCGAAGGAGACAAAGGGAACCCCGCAUGGUGCCAGUGGAAGUUGGGCACGGAGUAACUAUAAAGGUUUGUGGAUAGGGCCUGUUGGGCCGUUUUAG